AUGGACUUAAAGAGCAUAACAGUUGCAUUUAAUUUCCAGUACGCAUCUGAUGGAUUGUUUUAUGAGAAUAUUGAUCAAGAGGUAAAAACAACAUCACUGGGGAUGUUUUUCUCAGGUUAUCCCAGAAUUGUAAGCAUGAAACAUUGCCCAAAUGUAAUUACUCUCAUUUUCACUGGACAAAAUAUUCAGAAGUGUUCAGACCUGGAGUAUUGCCUGUUGCUAGAGCUGUGGAUUGCUGAAUGCUGUUUAGUGAAAAUAGGUGGUCUACGAAAAUGUGUAAAUUUGCAAAAAGCUUAUCUUUGUUACAAUAACAUUUCCAGAAUUGAAAAUUGGGAAGCCCUGACAAAGCUGAAUGUACUUUGGUUGAAUAAUAACGUGAUCAAGAAUAGCAAGGGUUUACAUACUCUGCAGAAACUGCAAGAGGUCAACCUUGCUGGAAUCUUAAUAGAAAACAUAGGAAGAAUAUCAACAGCCAAGUUUCUACUUAAUGUGUUGCAGGCGAUCCAUUUCCAGUUUCAGUUCUGCCAGGUUCAUAAUUAUUUGAAUCUGGUGUCUCAAGACUCAGAAAAGAUGGAAUCUCUGUCUUAUGUAUGCAACCCUGAAUAGCCAGUUAAGGAAAAGCAGCUGCUACAAAUGCUGGAGAGAAAUUGUGACUGCAGCCAUUGGCACUGUGAGUGGCUUGUGUCUGACCAUGAACUGGUCCUGCCAGAACAUGUUGCCAAGUUUGAGUAAAUUACACUGGUUUUGAAUUUGAAUGGGAACAGCCUGAGCAUGCUGCAGGACGUCUCUAGACUUGAAACACUUCAAAAGCUUAUCAUCAACUUUAAUGAAUUUACUUCCUUAAAUAACAUUUAUGACCUGCCCAGCGGGGAAUGUUUUGAUGCAAGCCAUAACCAUGUGAUCACUUUUGAGGGCAUUAGAGGCUUAGGCAAACCUGAAGUUCUUCAACCUGAGCUGGAACUGAAGGAGUCCAGGGAAGAUACAAACAUCUUACAUAAAUACACUCCCAACUUACUCAGUCUUGACAUCACACACAACCCAUGGCAUAAGCACAGCUGUGUUGGCUGGACCUUUGCCAGCCUCAUUUACCUGAAUGUCACUGGCCUAUUAAAGACUGUCACUAACCUUGAUGGAGUCCUGAUUUUUAAUGAAGUUGCAGAAGCAUUACAAUGUAUUGCAGGAUCAAAGAUGACCCAGGUGUCUCUGUUAGAAUAUACUAGGACUGAUGAAGAAAAAACUCCCAUUCUCAGUGUAUUUCCUUGCACUAAAAUUCUGUCUCAAAUUUGCAAGAUCAAGAUCACUGUCUUAAAUCUGGAUGAUCCCCUCUUCAAAAUUUCCGACUUGGAAAAACUGGAGCAUUUAAGAUGGGCAUCGUUUAGCAACAACACGCUUGCAGCAAUAGAAAGACUAAUGUAUUGUCUUAACCUCGAAGACCUCACUUUAGAUGAAAACUACUUUUCAACACUAGAUGGAAUUUCAAAGCUCAGUAAACUUACAAGGCAUACUGUAAAUAAUAACCAUUUUAUCAGCCUCAAAAAACAUGUGUUUGAAAAUCUGUCUUAUCCUCAUUACAUUUCCAUUGAGAACAACAGAAUCAUAUUUUUAGUUGAUUUAAAGAAAAUUUACUCCCUAAUAGAGCUAUAAUGAAGUAAUAACUUCUUUUUUUUUUUUUACCAAACAAGAGAUACAUCAUUUAAAAACUCUGUAAAACUGUGUGAUAGCACAAAGGCUUUUAAGAAACAAGAUCACUACUGAUUAUUUGUAUUAUUCCAUCUUCCCUAUCUCAAAGACUUAGAUGGCACUGCAGUAGAAUCAACAGAAGGAGAGAGUGCAAAAGGCAGCUUCACCUCAGACAUGAUUGCAGAUAGACUGGGACAUUCAGACACAGAAAUGCAAGAAUUAAAUUGGACAGCUUCUAAUAUCAGGUCUGUAGAGCUGGUACUAGCAGACCAAUUUAGAAAUGUCUGUUGCAUGAACUUGAAAAAUAAUCUCACGUCUUUCAGUGGUUUAAUCUUCCUUCCUAAUGCCAAGGUGUCUCUGAACUACAAUUGCAUAGAAUCAAUUCUGCCUGAACAAAAGCUGCCUAAUCAGGUAACAAAUAGGCAGCAGCUGUACUGAAAGGUGACCUCUCACAGCUAUGGACAGGAAGGACUUGAAAAAGAAACUUCUUUUAAUGUCUCACUAAGUGGAUACUAUCUUUUUAAUGAUUGUUGCCUUCUUUCUCAAUUUAAGGAUGCAGAAUUUGGAGAAAACCUGCCAGUGAAAAUGAAGAGUUUGGAAGAUUUUAAUCUGGACUAUAAUGGAAUCACUAACAUGGCCCAGCUACAGUUUAGCAGGCUAAACCACUUGAAACUUCUGUUUUUGCAGCGAAAUUACAUCAGCCAAAUUGAAGUACUUGAAGGUCUCCAGUUUCUACAGGAAUUGGUAUUUGACCAUAACCACAUUAAAAGGAUUUCACAGUCUUUUGCUAGUCAGAAUGGUUUUCUGACUCUUCAUCUGGAGCAAAACCACUUAUGAGAACUGAACUGUUUACAACCUUUGGUAAAAUUACAGAAACUCUUUCUGGACUUCAACAGAAUUCAAGAAUCAUCUGAGCUUGAAAAACUUCAUGUUAUUCCCAGUCUUAGGGUGCUCUCAAAACAUGCAAACCCAAGAGAGGCUGUGCAGGGAGAAUAUCCAUGUAUAUUUUGUGUUACAGGUAAGUCUAAGAACACAGGAAUUAUAGCAAAUAUUAGGAGCAUCCACGCAGAAAGAGCUCUUAGGCAAGCCAAAGGAGCAGCAACUAAUCUUCUAAACCAUUUGGUGCAUCACAGUGCUGCUUCUUGAACCAGUCAGCUCCAUCAGGGCAACACAGAAAAUGUGGGCAGGAGGAGAAACAAUCCACACAGGAAGGCAAAGCUCUUACAAGACUGCCUUUCACCUCAUUUUACUUCAAAAAUGGAUUUGCUUGAAUUUUCCCAUUCUGUUAGAGAGCUGGUAAUGAGCUGUUUAAUGUACAAAGGCAUGCACUGUUUGAUGUACAAAAGGAGACUGAAUCCUUGCUUAAUGUGCAAAACAACUUGGCUUUAACACUGGAGUCUCCACUAUGGUACCCUGCUUAAAACAGAACAUCAUGUUUGUUUGCCUUUCUAAAUAUUAAGAACUUCAUGGCUUCAUUUUGUUCAGGUUUAAAUAUUAUAGUUUAAAUAUUAUAGUUAUAAAUUAUAUUUCAACAGAAGGCAAAUUCUAC